AUGUACGCUGCAAGCACUCCACGCAGGACAAAGCGCUUGCGUUCAGACUCCGGCGCUGCGGCUGUCACUAUAGCUCCACAGUCAAACAGUCAUCGACUGUCUAGCCCAAUUUCCAGCGAUGACCAAGCUGAAGAUGACGCCUACAAUACUCCUCCUCCAGUACCGCAACCAAAACGUCGCGGACGCAAACCUGGCACGCUUUCACGCACAGCACGUGAAGCUCAGCGGAAGAUUAACCACUCUCUCAUUGAAAAAGCCAGGCGCACCAAAAUUAAUGAUGCCCUGGCCGCAUUAAGAGAGCUCGUGCCUGCGGAAUACAAACGAAUCAAUGAAGUAGCAGAGGGCAGUGAUGAGGACGAAGAUGACGAACCUAAGAAGGGCAAAGGAAAGUCGAAGGCAGGAGAAAAGGAAUUCAAACUUGAGAUCCUGGUGCGGACAGUGACAUAUCUUCAGGACCUGACAGAUAAGGUGAAGCACUUCGAGGAAGAUGGGUGCCCAAACUGCAAGCAGCGCAUUAGCCAAUCUUCCUCUCCUGACAUCAGAGGGUCCAAGCGAAGGAGACAGGACGUUGAGCAGGAAGAGGGUGCAAGGACUCAAGUGGGGUCCGCUGAUGACCCGUACUCUCGCCUGCCAUCCAUUUCCACCUGGCUUCCACAUUCCUCGCAGGAACAGACUCGGAGAAUUCUGACUUCGUCCCAGUCACCAUCCACCCGGCCAGUUCCGAGCUCUUCGAAGUCUCCGUCACAACAACUCCCAACACCUCCAGCUUCCGCAACAUUCACGGGCUCCUCCUCCGUCUUCGGAGUCCCACCUGUUCUGACCCUCCCCUCCCCGAGUACAUUCCUUCCGCCAUCAAGGACACAGAUUCAACCCUGUUUUUCGGGUUUUGUUCCACGACGAAGUCCCAGUGACACAUCAUCGUCCUCGCCAGCAUACACUCCAGAGGAUGAGACUGCUGCAUCGCUACUGUUGCGCAUCAGUACCUCCACGCCUGUGACCUCACCACAACUGCCACUAAAGCCAUCGUCCCCGUCAAGUACGAUGAACGAGUCACAGACAGGACAUCCUCGAGAAGAAUCUGUGCAUGCUCUGACGCCAAGUCGUCUGUUGGGUUUGACCACAACAAAGUGA